AUGUCUGGCGUGAAGAGAGCACUGAGGCAGUUCACGUUCGGAAGCGGCAAGACCGCCGGCCGCAACUCGUCGGGGCGCAUAACGUCGUUUCACAGAGGCGGCGGAGCUAAGCGGCUGCAGCGAACCGUCGAUCUCAAACGGAACACCACUUCUUCUCUAGGUGUCGUUGAACGGAUCGAAUACGACCCUAACCGCUCUUCCGACAUCGCACUCGUUCGCUGGCUCCACGGAGUUCACCACCGCCAACGCCGCGCCGCCGCAUCCGCCGCCUCUUCCAAGCUCCUCCACCUUGAUCCCGCCGUCACUAACAGUAAUAGCAUUCGCGGUGUGUUUGCGCUAAAUUCGAUGUUGCCGCGCGCUGGAACUUCCACUAGAGACAUUUUCCUGUCUGCGUUGUCGUCCAAGGCCAAGGGACGGGAUUCGAAAUCGGAAUUGGAAUCGGUUUCUUCGCUCGGAUUGCCGCGGAUCGCGGUUACCGUCGCGAGGGCUCCAUUCUUUGCGCCUCGCAUGAGAGGGCAAGAGACGUUGGAGGUUCGGAAUUGGAGGAGGAAUAGCGACGCGUGGGCGCAUAGGAACAAGCGUAAAGCGGCGGUUUCGUGGCAAAGCAUUGCGCGUUGA